AUGCCUGAAACUUAUUCCCAAAGGGCAGAGAAGCAUGCGUCGCCGGUAGCGGCAAGACUAUUGCGCCUCAUGGAGGAAAAAAAAUCAAACUUGUGUGCAUCUGUAGACGUCAGCACCACCAAAGAGUUCUUGAGCCUCAUUGAAAAAUUGGCCCCAUUCAUCUGUCUCGUGAAAACACAUAUCGACAUCAUCGACGACUUCUCGUACGAGGGCACGAUUGUUCCUUUGUUGAAGCUUUCCAAAGAACACAAGUUCAUGAUUUUCGAGGACCGCAAGUUUGCGGAUAUCGGGAACACAGUCAAGAAGCAGUAUUCUGGAGGAGUCUACCAGAUCGCCAAAUGGGCAGACAUCACCAAUGCCCACGGUAUCACCGGAGCAGGCAUUGUGCAGGGUUUAAAGGAGGCUGCGGCCGAAUCCACUUCCGAGCCUAGAGGCCUCUUGAUGUUGGCCGAGCUUUCGUCGAAGGGCUCGUUGGCAUAUGGUGAAUACACGAACAAAACGGUCGAAAUUGCCAAAACAGACAAGGACUUUGUCAUCGGCUUUAUUGCCCAGAGGGAUAUGGGAGGCGCCGCCGAGGGCUUUGACUGGCUCACCAUGACUCCCGGCGUCGGCUUGGACGACAAAGGCGAUGCCUUGGGCCAGCAGUACAGAACCGUUGACGAAGUCAUUGCCACCGGCACGGAUAUCAUCAUCGUUGGCAGAGGCUUGUUUGGCAAAGGUAGAGACCCCAGCAUUGAAGGAGAGAGAUACAGAAAGGCAGGCUGGGAAGCGUACGAGAAGGCUCGUACCUGA